CGCCUCUCACCCUUCUUAUACCCGGGAGACUAGGGUUUUAGUGGCAUCCUCUCUCUCUCUCUCUCUCUCUCUCUCUCUCUCUCCUGUUGCUCCCUCGCCGCCUAGCUCGGCGCUUCUCUCUCUCCACCGCGGCGUGGCGGCGAAGUCCGAAUCUAACACGAAGCGGACCUCAUCGGAGCUCCGGUGAUGGGCGGCGAGAAGGACAGCCUCGACCUUUCCGACUUCAACGCCUCCCUCCCCGCCGCCGCCGCAGGUAACCUCCGCUCCGCCGGCACCGAACCGCAUCCACCCGCCCUUGCGUUCCCCCCUAAUCGAUCCGCGUUGUCUCGUGGUUUGCCUGCAGCUCUCAGCGCCGAGGACCGCGCCGGCCUCGUCAAUGCCCUAAAGGACAAGCUGCAGAGCUUGGCGGGUCAGCACGCCGACGUGCUAGAGACGCUGUCGCCCAACGUCAGGAAGCGUGUUGAGUUUUUGAGGGAGAUCCAGGGCCAACAUGAUGAGAUUGAGGCGAAGUUUUUUGAAGAACGAGCUGCACUUGAAGCUAAGUACCAGAAGCUUUAUGAACCUUUGUACACGAAGAGGUAUGAAAUUGUAAACGGAGUUGUGGAGGUUGAUGGUGUCAGUUAUGAACCGGCCAGUGAAAAUGCUGCUGAUGGAAAAGAAUCAGAUGCCAAAGGAGUUCCAGAUUUUUGGCUUACUGCUAUGAAAACGAAUGAAGUGUUGUCUGAGGAGAUACAAGAGCGUGAUGAGGCUGCUUUGAAAUAUCUAAAAGAUAUCAAGUGGUCUAGAAUUGUGGAUCCUAAGGGUUUCAAGCUGGAAUUUUUCUUCGAUACAAAUCCUUUCUUCAAGAACUCUGUCCUAACGAAAACUUACCACAUGGUUGACGAAGAUGAUCCUAUUUUGGAGAAAGCAAUUGGGACUGAAAUUGAGUGGUAUCCUGGGAAAAACCUUACACAGAAGAUUCUCAAAAAGAAACCCAAGAAAGGUUCAAAGAAUGCGAAACCUAUUACUAAAACUGAAGACUGUGAGAGCUUCUUCAACUUUUUCAACCCCCCACAGGUCCCUGAUGAUGAUGAGGAUCUUGAUGAAGAAACUGCUGAUGAGCUGCAGGGUCAAAUGGAACAUGAUUAUGACAUCGGGACCACCAUAAGGGAUAAGAUCAUCCCUCAUGCUGUUUCCUGGUUUACCGGUGAGGCUGUGCAAGCUGAGGAUAUUGAGGACACGGGUGACGACGACGACGACGACGACGACGAUGAUGACGACGAGGAUGAAGAUGGCGAUGAAGACGAAGAUGAGGACGAGGAUGAUGAGGAUGAGGAAGAAGAAAGCAAACCGGUGAAGAAGUCGGGCCGCAAACAAAAGGUACCGCAGAAGGUUGGCUCACAAGGAAAUGCUGACCAACCAGCGGAGUGCAAGCAGCAGUAAACUUGUCCUGGUGCACUGGGUUCCUUGCGCUGGCGUUGGUGGUUGGUUGACGCGGUAUUUUGAAUUGCCCAGGAGUUUUGUUGGUUGUGUUGUGAGCGGCGGGUGCCAACGUGGUUUUGUUAGGUGUUGAGGCCAUUGUCUGGGGGCACUAGGUGCUGUGCUGGUGGAUGGUUAAUGGUUUGGGGAUCUUAUGAUAGUGUCUUGUGUUUUAGUUAUAUAUGCAAUCGGAUGAUGAUAUUCUAAGAUUGUGUAAUUAUCUUUGCACCCUGCCGAUAAGGGACUUCACUAUUUGUCUGA